GUGCCGUCACUGCCGGAUGGGCAUGCCCCGGAGCGACAGAGGAAGUCAGCACAUGCACCAUGUCAUCAUGCAUCUCUAGCCAGCCCAGCGGCGACCCGGCUGCCCCCCAGGAUGACCUGGGGGGCGGGGGCAGCAGCAUCGAAGGCCAGAAGUCCUGCGAGGCCCUGCGAGGCCUUUCGUCUUUGAGCAUCCGCCUGGGCAUGGAGUCCUUCAUCGUGGUCACUGAGUGUGAGCCGGGCCGGGCCGUGGACCUCAGCUUGGCCCAGGACCAAGGACCCCUGGAGGCCGAUGGCCCGGAGGUCCCCCUCGACGCCUCUGCUUCCCAGGCCCGGCCCCACCUGUGUGGUCGCAAGCUCUCCCUGCAGGAGCGGUCCCAGGGCAGGCUGGCGGCCAGCAGCAGCUUGGACAUGAAUGGACGCUGCAUCCACCCGUCCGUGCCCUACUCACCCGCCAGCUCCCCACAGUCCUCGCCGCGGCUGCCCAGGCGGCCCACGGUGGAGUCUCACCACGUCUCCAUCACGGGCAUGCAGGACUGUGUGCAGCUGAACCAGUACACGCUGAAGGAUGAAAUCGGAAAGGGCUCCUAUGGCGUGGUCAAGCUGGCCUACAACGAGAAUGACAACACCUACUACGCCAUGAAGGUGCUGUCCAAGAAGAAGCUGAUCCGACAGGCUGGCUUCCCACGUCGCCCCCCUCCCCGAGGCACCCGGCCAGCCCCAGGCGGCUGCAUCCAGCCCCGGGGCCCAAUCGAGCAGGUGUACCAGGAGAUCGCCAUCCUCAAGAAGCUGGACCACCCCAACGUGGUGAAGCUGGUGGAGGUCCUGGAUGACCCCAACGAGGACCAUCUGUACAUGGUGUUCGAAUUGGUCAACCAAGGGCCCGUGAUGGAAGUGCCCACCCUCAAGCCACUGUCUGAAGACCAGGCCCGGUUUUACUUCCAGGAUCUGAUCAAAGGCAUCGAGUACCUGCACUACCAGAAGAUCAUCCACCGAGACAUCAAGCCUUCCAACCUGCUGGUCGGAGAAGACGGGCACAUCAAGAUCGCCGACUUCGGCGUGAGCAAUGAGUUCAAGGGCAGCGACGCACUGCUGUCCAACACCGUGGGCACGCCCGCCUUCAUGGCGCCCGAGUCCCUCUCGGAGACCCGCAAGAUCUUCUCCGGGAAGGCUCUGGACGUGUGGGCCAUGGGUGUGACGCUGUACUGCUUUGUCUUUGGCCAGUGCCCGUUCAUGGACGAGCGGAUCAUGUGUUUGCAUAGCAAGAUCAAGAGUCAGGCCCUGGAGUUUCCAGACCAGCCUGACAUAGCCGAGGAUUUGAAGGACCUGAUCACUCGUAUGUUGGACAAGAACCCUGAGUCGAGGAUCGUGGUGCCGGAAAUCAAGCUGCACCCCUGGGUUACGAGGCACGGGGCCGAGCCAUUGCCAUCCGAGGAUGAGAACUGCACGUUGGUCGAGGUGACGGAAGAAGAGGUCGAGAAUUCGGUCAAACACAUUCCCAGCCUGGCGACGGUGAUCCUGGUGAAGACCAUGAUACGCAAACGCUCCUUCGGGAACCCGUUCGAGGGCAGCCGGCGGGAGGAGCGUUCUCUGUCAGCACCUGGGAACCUGCUCACCAAAAAACCAACCAGGGAGUGUGAGCCCCUGUCUGAGCCCAAGGACCAAAAAAAAAAAAAAUGCCUUGACUCCUUGACGUCUGCCUUGGCUGCUGGCUGGCUGAAUGGGCGGGUGGGGGGAGUCGCAGCCCCCAACCCCCGGCAUCUGGGAGUGUUUGCUUUCUCAAGUGUUUUUAUGCCAAAAAUCCUUUGCUGCAAGUUGAGCACCGUGUCAGAUGUGCCAGGACUGCGAGUGGGGUUUGAAAAGUGUGGAAUAACCCAAAAACUGCAGCGGUGGCUGCCGCAUCGAGGGAGGGCGUGCAAGGUUCCGUGUGACCCCUGUACAAACCCCAGACCACGGCGUCUUCCAGAACCAUGGGCUCAAGGCAGGGGUCAGCAGGGCUGGCCCUCCGUAGCUGCGGGGAGCCUCAGUGCGAUUUAUUUGUAAGGAUUUUUCCAGUUUUUCUAUGGGUAGAACUGUAGUUAGGAAAACCGCAAGGGCUUGAAGUUUAAUUGCUUCUCGAAGCGGAGUUUUGGAUCCGGGCAGGGCGGCCGGAGCCGCGACAGGAGGAGUUUCUUGGUGAAGGCCGCUUUGCGCGGCCUGCUGAGGGUUGACUGUGCUCCUGUCAAUCUCUCAGUUCAGUCACAACGUCAGGGUGAAGUCCUUCACCUCCAUGUACAUCACACGGCUGAAGAUUACACGGACAGACAAAAAAAAUCUCGCUUCCUAACUAGGCUGAGCUCGAGUCGUUCUGAAUGACCCGAAGCUUCCGGGAUGCGUGUGGUGGCUUCAGCCAGGGUCGCGGUCUCAGCGAGGGAAACCUGCACCUGUGCAUCCGCAGCGUAGCCUGUUCAGGAACCGAAUUCCAGAGGUCGCCACGGUUUUGUUUGCUUCUUGAGGAACAACUGAUUGCCCACGGGGUCACUCAGCUGAGACACAAAAGCGCAUCCUUGGCGUCAGAGCUGCCCUAGGGGCCAUACGCUGACAUUGGUGACCCAGGGCACAGCUUGGGGUCCAGGGGACCCGAGGGUUGGCACGGGAAGUUCCCUUCUGUAUCCAGAAGCGUGGAAAGAAAAGACUGAACGUUCCGGCCUCCAGCUAACGUUCGGGAGUUUCGGUUGAGGUUCGAGCGACUCCUUCCGGAGCCCCAUGCCGGUGAACUGGAGAAGGAAGGGAACGGGGAGGACUCGCGUGGGAGAGUCGGCUUCAGCUUUCUGGUGCUGUGUGCAGUCUGGUUUGGGCGGGAAACGUGGUCGUGGUGACCUGGCUCCAAAGAUCGUGCCCUCCUGUAGUUCAUGUCUGAUUGGCCUUGGCGCAAACACAGAAGCCAAGGCUUGUGACCCCUCCCCAGCCUGUCACAGAGUCCUGGGCACUCUUGGCUUCCAUGGUUUUUAUUUUAUUUUAUUUUGAGUUCUUGCCUGUCUUUUAGCUAGACUUUUGUUGCUGCGGCAAAGGCAGAUCAGAACUAGGGAGCGCUUGAUUUUGGAGAGCAAAGGAACCCCUGGGCAGGGCCGGCCGCCUGUCUGCUGUCUUUGUCACCUAGCACCUCCCCCUGCCCUUCCCCUUUCAAAGUUCACCCCUUCCGCAGCAGGUGGAGUUCGGUCAGCUUGCGGUGAGCACCUCCCCGUGGUCACAGCCAGCUGCCCCUGGGUCUUAGCCUCGGCCUGGCUGUGCGGACUCUGGCCCCACGGCCCAGCUGGCCUGCAGCCUUUUGCAGAAAGACUCUCGUGUUCAUGGAGCGGCACCGGGCGCGGCCACUUCUCCCCUCAGCCGUGGUUUCCGUCUAAGAUUUUCCAGAGAAAGCUGUGGAAGGGAACCGCCCCCACCCUGUGAAGAAGGAGCGGAGGCACUCACCCCUCCGGGGCACAGGCGCUGAUUUUGCCAAAGCCGGCUCUGCGAGGAAAGGAGAGGCUGUCGGGAGCGGCUUUUCCUGGCGGGGCGGAGAGGGGGUCCAGGAUUUCUGCUGUUGCUGGCCCCGCCGCAGGACUCAUUUGGUGUCAGCAACCUGCUGCCUGCACCUGUGGCCUCGCAGGAGGCAUAAACCCUCCACCCACCUUGCUUCCUCCACCCCUUCCCUUUCUUCUGCCCUGUGCAUCCCACAGGUCGCCAGCGGCUUCCAGAAAGCCUCAUUGAGCCCCUUCUUGGCUCCCGGGGCUGCUGAGGCCGGCUGCUCGCAGGUCUGGCUUCCCCGUGAGGCAGGGCUCCAUCUUCAAAGCCGUCCUGGAUUGAGGAGGAGAGGCCCUGUGUGCUCGGUCUGUGCAGGCUUGGCCGGUCGCCCUCACACAUCGUCCUGAGGGGAGCUGCGUUGCUGCCUCGUGCCAGGACUGCGACCCAGCCUCCUUCCAAGGUGCUAGGGAAGGCUUCCAGGUCGCUGGUCCCCCCUCCCCUCGCGCCCAGGGCCCACGGUCGUGGGGGCGCCGACUUCCCUCACUUGUUCGCACGACGCCCAGUGCUUCCCCGUUCUGUUCCCUGCCCUUUCUACUAUGCAUUUUCCUUUUAUCAGGUGUACAGAGUUAAAUACUGUGUAUUUAUCACUUACAAGUACAUGGACUUAAAAAUCAGCCUUUGGUGUUUUUCCACAGAUGUUGAAGCUUCUCUGUAAACUUGAAAUAAACGGCAAAAUGGUGCAAA